AUGGGUACUAUACAGAAGAGGGCCUGCGAUGGAUGCCAUCGUCGCAAGGUUAAAUGUGAUUCCAACAGUCCCUGCCGAAACUGUGGUACCGCCAACAUUCAAUGCACAUACAAUGCUAUCCCUCAGAAGAAGGGACCCAAGGGGUCGCGCGCCAAGGUUAUCAGCGAGCUGAGAGAGAAUCAACGCAUGACCAGUCUACCAGUCAAAGUCCAGGCCAGAUUAAAUGGUGUCCAGACUGAACCGAUUACGCACCAUAACCCAACACCUGGAUUGCUCACUCAUGACAUCGCCAAGAGCUGUCUCAACUUCUUCUUCGACCAUGUCUACACAAAGCUUCCUAUCCUCCACCGUGAAACGAUCGAAAGCCAGAUGCCGAGCCUUGAGAGAAACCCGGACACGUACUGCUUAUUCACCUCCCUGUGCGCUUUCACGUUGCUUCAACCAGGCAUGGCCUUGCCCCCGACGCCCGAGUACAACAUCGAGAUGCCUUACGGUUCCAAUAUUGCAGCCAGUACCAUACUCAUUGAAGAGUGCAUACGCGUCCGUAAGGGUCAGGACAACAAGGGUUUCGAGCACUGGGAGAAACCCAGCCUCAAUGUCUUGGCUACCAACUUCUUCCUCUUUGCCUACCAUUACGUCCAAGAAAAUCACAGCAGCGCUUGGUAUUAUCUCCGAGAGGGCACAACCAUUAUCCAAAUGGCGAACCUGGGCAGUGAGGAGAACUACCAGCAGCAAGAUAUCGAUUCAAUCCGACGACGCCGUCUUUUCUGGCUGUUCCACAACGCUGAACGAGCGUAUGCCCUCCAGCGCAACCAUCCCGUCACCCUUCAAGCUACUCUUCACGUCGGUCAAAAUGGUGACUGCCCAACCGACGACCCUUUCAACCCUAGUAUCAACAACAAUUUCUUCAACCUCUGUGGGGUUUAUCAAAAUGUCGAUGACGCUUUCCUCAAGGCUUGGGGAAUUGGUUGCCGCAACUUGGAUGCUCAGACUAUCACUUCUUUGAACACUAGUCUUCGGGAAGUCCUUCCUCAACAAUACCCUCCCUCCAACUACAGCGGUGUUCAAAACUGGCUUCGAAAGGUCUUGUGGGAGGUCACCGAAACACAAGGAAACGAUCCUAGGAUCAGAGUCUCCCAGUUGCUUUCCAAUUUCCCCACCAAUGAUUAUCAGAUGUUGGUGAACUCUGGUUUGAUUCCCAAGCUGAUCCAGAUAACCUUGGAUUUGAUCCCCUACUUGACCAAUGCGCCUCCUUCGCGCAGCCCGACAACUCCUGGUCCCGAGCAAUACCUCCAGAUACUCUGGCGUAUUUGCAUGGCCAUCGGCAAUGAUCACUUCCAGUUCGUGCCUCUGUUGUUGAGCAAGGUUCAAGAAAUCCUCCCUCGCAUCAUUGACCCGAAGUUGCUUAACGCACCAAUUGAGGCUGUCGACUACAACAGAAUGCCUGCCGAUAUCUUCGACGGCUUCGGCAACGCUGGUAUGGCCCACAUGCCUAUGAACGACUACAACGCCGGCAUGCCUAUGGAGCAAUAUGACAACAAGUAUGAGGAUAUGAGUGGCAACAGCCCUGAUUCGCUCCCUCACUCGCAUCACUCACAUCACUCGAAUUCUCCACCGAAUUCCCAACUAGGCAACGACAUGCCCCAGAACUUUGUCAGCUCCCCUGGUACCGUCAUGUCCCCAGGAGGCAUGGACUACAAUAACAUGGGCGCUUUUAACAUGACAGAUAUGGUCAUGAGUCCUAUGGGUGGCCCAGCCCCGCCUAAUGCCAUGAAUAUGCAACAGCAGCAGCAAUUGAACAAUGCACCUCAGAUGCAGGGGAUACCUAACCAGAGCAUCAAUACGCCAUCUCUGAACCAGGGUAUAGGUUCUCUGUAUGGUGGCGUGCGCCAACCAUCACGCCAGAGCAGCUUCAACAUGCCGGGCCAGACUCCCUUAUCCGCAAUGGGGUCAAUGCCCGGUGGGCUUGAUUUCAAUACACUACCGCGGUAA